AUGAAAAUCCCCUCCUCUCACGACCUCCACAACUCAACCCCCCCUCCGCCAAACACAACAACCUCCGACUCCCUAAGUGCAACGCGUCUCCGCGUCCUCUCCAACGCCCACGCCAUCUACGGCUCCACCCGCUGCCUCGACGUCCUCACCUACGGCACAACCACAUCAUCAACCAUCAGCGCCGCAAUCGUCGAACACAACCCCUCAGGCCGAGCCUUCAUCCACGCCACCAGCGCCCCCGAACCCUCGCGUCUCGCCGCCGUCGAACACCUCCUCGUCAUCACAGAAGACAUCCUCGCCCGCCUCGUCGAAAAAGAAGGCAUUUCCAGCUCAGGAUGGCUACCCACGACGCCACAAACCCAGCACGCCAUCACAUUCGGUCGCCAAAACUCGUUUUCGCAGUCCCAGCAACAACAAAGCGCUUCAAGGCACGAGUCCGGCGGGAGCCCGUUUGGCAGUUUCCAGAACCUGCAAUCGCUGAGGUACGAAUCUGCGCCUGUUUCGCGCAGGGAGUCGGUCGUCAUGGGGGGUGGGAGGGUCGAGGGCACGGUCACGAGCUCGAAUGUUUCUACGCCCGCGGUUCAUGCGAGGGAUGGCUUCUUUCAUGGUGGCGGUGCUGCUGGAAGUCAUGGGUAUGUUGGUCAUGGUAGUGCGAGUCAUGCGGGUGCUCUCCCGCCUAUCCCUUCGCCGCUUCCGACAAGUGUUGGGGUUGGGGGGAGUACUGCGCUUGGGGCGCCUUCUGGGGCGUCGGCUACGGCGGCGAAUGUGGUUGUGCCUCGACCGCAGAGGACGGAUAAGGUGAGGUGGAUUAUGGGGUCUGAGGGGUGA